AUGAAAGAAGAAGGCAUUGUAUCCAUCUAUUUUUCAGAGUUUCCAUAUAGGGUAAAAGCAAAGGAGAUUUUUCAAAUUUUUGAGAUUCAUGGCAAGGUGGCUGAGGUUAUCAUACCUCCUAAGAGAAAUAAACAUUGCAAGCAUUUUGGAUUUGUAAGAUUUUCAAAGGAAGAAGACGGAAGGGUUCUAGCGGUUAAGUUAGACAAUAUUUUCGAUGAUAAAGUUAAGAUUCAUGCUAAUCUUCCUAGAUUCUCGAGAAAUCAAGUUGCAUCAACGGGUAGAGAUCUGGUUUAUGGUUUCAAGAAGGUCUGGGAAGAAGGGGAGAGGCUAGGAAGGAAUAAGGGAGAUUUUGGUGGAGGAAGAGUUGGUGAGACGUAG